AGCUGCCACUCAUCAGGGCUUAACCCCUCGCUCUCUCUCCACCCUGUUCAAUGGUUGGGAACUUCCCAUUCCAGUUCAACAUGCUGUCAAAAAUUUAACAGGAGGAGGAUUAGCCUUUCAGGAGCAGAUUUACAUUUUUGUAGCAAAGUCGAGACAAUUGUUAAACUGCAAGGAAUAUGACGAUGCGAAAAUGAUGCUCCUCACCGCAAAGUCCAAACUGCAACAAAAAUUCCAACAAGCCUACUCUGCUGGAGGACAAAUUAACUCUUACGUUUUAAAUCUGGAUAAACUAAUCAUCAUGAUGGACUGGGAGAUCUUGUUGCUGGAUAUCACCCAGUUUGUUUCAGAGUAUCCUGACGGAAUUGAUAAGGAUGAUAUAAUGGAUUUAAAGAGUAGGUGUAGAGGAUGCCUGGAACGGCUCCAAGAUCCAAAGACGGAAGUUAAUCCACGGUCCGAAAUUGUGGAAAAUAUCCUUGUUGCGUUCAUCAAUCUUGGGGAAUAUAGUUACGUCGCUAAUUUUGAUAAGACACAGAAUCAACGGUGAGAUACAAACAUGCGGCUUGUUUUGUGUAAUGGUAGUGACUAUAAUUAUCAUAUUGUUGCAGUUGGCCCUUUGUGGAGUUUAUUGCCUUAUUGGCACGCGUCUGUCACGAUUUGUUCAUGGAGAGAAAAGAGUCAUCGUCGAGUUAUCGAGAAUUAUGGAGUGCAGUUCUUCCAAUCUUCUCCAACAAUUCUGGGUCUUCUGGCACUGGAAUGAACUCCAAGAAGCAGAUUCUUAACAUUUCCAGCAAACCGUCCAUGCUCUCCUCACGUAGCUCAUUGUCUUGGGUUAUCGAUCGCUCUUGUUCUCAACCGCUCCUCUCCGUAUGGGUGUCACUCCUGGCCAAGUUGCAUAAUCACAUCCUAGACGAUGUCGGAGUUCAAAUUCAUGCCGACUUUCUCCACAUUUGGCCAAACAUUUUGGAUGACGUGACGUCGUCUACGUCGGUGAUUGUGGAACUAAAGAAUAAUAGAGUUUCUGGAAGUUCAAAACUAAACAGUAAACACAUUCGCGACUUUCUGUUCAGUCUUUUGGAGCGAGCCACCAAAAUUACGAGGGGCGGAGAAAUGUUUAUUUGGCUGCGAUGUCUGGGCGAUGUUCAUCUCGCGUCGGGAUCUCCUUCACUUGCCAUGAAGUGUUAUAUUGAAUACUUGGCAAUGUGUACCGACUUUUUCGAAAGAUCUAACGCUCCCCACUGGGAGGACUCUAAAUUGUUCAAGCGGAUGAUUAAAUGUUGCGAAAUGUUGGGAUGUUUUACUCAGGCCGUCGUACUUAGUCAAUUCCUCUCACCGGAAGUUGACUACUCUGUAGCAUUUGGGAUGGCAAUUGAAAAAACGACCAACGACGCGUCCGACUCGCUCUACGGCUUCAUUUGGGAUCUCACAAUUUUAGAAUUUUUGAUUAAUUUACAUACCAAGAGGAACGAAAUGGCGAAACGACAACAAGCUGUGAAAGUGAUGGGCCUUUUAGAAUUGAAUUCAAAUAACAAUGAAGAAAUUCAACGAGAAGCAAUAUCUCUGCGGCGAUCGCAGUUUAUGAGAACAUUAGCAAAGCACUACAUUUUUGUAUAAUUUAUGUUAUAAGGUAACG